AUGCAUGAAGCCGUUGUCAACCUGGAGAUAAUUUCUGUUCUACAUCGAUACAUUCCUGAGUACCGGGUCGAGACAUAUAUUAUCUGCGCUAGAAGCACUACUGCUGAACUAACAGCUAGCCCCCGUCACCACAUGGAAACUCAUGAUCUCAGACAGUACGCAUACGCCGAUACCCUCACAUCGUAUGCAACACCAGACCUCUCGCACAUCUUCCCGGAGUCACUGCAACCUGACAACACCUUUAACAACAUGGCCGUUAACUUCUCGGUGACGCUGAACGCAAGAAAUCUGCAUACUGGAUGGAACAUCCGCGACAAAGAGGACAUGAUGGUAUUGAGACAUGUUUCGACUUCUCUUAUGCUCGACCAGCUCCCUCCUGAAAUCAUUCAUACCAUUAUAUCAGAAUUUUGGUAUUCUGAACAUUCAUCGGGUGAUAGAAUUAUAUUCAUGAAAACAUGUCCCCUCAUCAACAGCCUCUGGAUGGACGUUUUUGCCCACAUCGCUUCCCGGGACAUCUUCGUUCUAACGAACGAAUAUCUGUUCUAUCUCAGUUCUAUUAUACGCAACAACAACUCUCUGAUCUAUCGACACUAUCUCCCACAUUUUACUCGUACGAUUACCUGCCGUGUCGACCUUAUCUAUGCAACCGAGGAUGUAGACCAGGAGCCGUACACAACCCUAUCCAAUCUGCCUAAUUUCAUCGGCUUUCGCAAAUGUUUUCCAAAUAUCACACACAUUUUCCUCGAAAUCGGGUAUUGCGUUCGGCGUGGAUUCUUCUACCUCAUAAUGUCUCAAGAUCAAAUUGUCCGGACCCGAAUAUCCAUAGCGCUUGACCAAGCGACCACACAGCUCAGUGCCUUACCUGUGGACUGGGAAAUCGUUGUUUACGACUUGGCACCCUAUUUUAUCUCCGACGAAUAUGCUGACCCUGAUUGGAUAGUGUUUCUGAGAGACGCCACUUGUGCUAUGGCCCCUGCCGCGUUGUCGAAAUGUGUUAAAGAGAUCCCUUUGGAGGACAUGCUAUCGCAUUCGACGUAUCUAAAUUGCGUCCGACGGUUUUCUGGCCAUGGUGUCCAUACCGAGACGGAGGGUGAUGCACGAGGCAUCAAUCGUUGUUUCGCAAAGGCAAUCCGAAGGCCAUUUAGUGAGAGUAACUCUUUCUUCCAUUGA